CACAAGGUGUAACCGGGGUGACAUGCAGUGGCCUGGACAGUUGGGAGUUUCUCUUCCAGAAAUGUUGAUGAUUCCGGAGGUUGUUGUAGAAGACCAGAUGGAUCACCGUCAAUGACACACAAAGUCAAAAGGGGAUCUGUUCAGAGUUUGUGUUCUGAAUAAAACUCAAGUGACAAGAAAGUUAAAGGGAGCCGUACACCACAAAGUGCCACUUCUGUGAGUAAUGGAAAGGACUCUAAACUAUGUGAGAGAAAAUGUGAACGAGAGUGUGGACACUGCAAGAAAACAGGUAGGGGAAGGCAUUUUCUGCUAUAAGUACCACCGAGAUAUCCAUUUCCCUACUGUCCAAGAAGAAAUCAAACAAGAAUUGGAAGCUAAAGCCACCAAAGAAGCUGAAGAGAAGAAUAACAGGGAUAUAGGGCAAGAAAAGGAAGAACAGUUGAUGGAAGAAAGGAAAAAGAGAAAAGACGACAAGAAAAAAAAGGAAGCUCUAAAGAAGGCCACUGAACAAAAAAACAAAGUGCCAGAAUCAAUAAAGUCCAGUUCAAGCCAGCCGCAGCCUGCCAACCCUAACAACGGCACUUCAGCUGUAACCAGCAACAUCAGCAAUGCCAAGCGGGCCGCAGCCGCCAGCAGUCAGCAGCAAGCCUCGCCUCGAUACCCGCCCCGCGAAGUUCCGCCGCGUUUCCGACACCACGAGCAGAAACAGCUGCUGAAACGGGGUCAGCAACUACCUGUCCUCGCUGCAAACCUGGGAGCGAGAGCCCAAGUGCUGAACAGCAGGGGCACCGUGACCACACUGCCAGCCAGCGACAGACCGCUGCAGAACGGCAACAAAGACAACCACACAGGUUUCCCACAGGCAGAUAAACGGCACUCUACCUUUAUUUGCUCUCUUAUCUUACAGGGCGAGCCCCCCAUACGGGAUUUGGUCAGCCACUCUCCUAACCAGUCAGAUUUGAAUCACGGUGUAUCACAUUAUGAAAAUUCCCAGUGGGGACCUGGCUCUUCUGGCAGCGAUUCCAACACCAACUGGGACAAAGUUGUUGUUGUAGACGGGUGUGAUAAGGAAGCCUGGCCUUCAAUUACUGACUGUGACCCAGAGUUGGCUUCAGAAUGUAUUGACACUGACUCUGCCUCAAACUCUGGGUCCGAGAAAAACCUUAGUAUAAUGGCGUCGGGGAACGCUGUUGGUGACAAUGAUGGCAAUAGAAAUGGCAACGGACGCAGUUCUCAGAAUCAUUUUAUGGUUGAAAAUGGCAGCAAUAAUGUCAGCAAUGGAAGUAUUAAUGGGCCAUGGGGUUUAUCCCAUGGCUCAAUGUUAAGCACAUGUCAAAGUUCUGUGGAAGGUCCAAACGGCAAGUUAACUGAAAGUAGUCAUGGUAAAAUAAAUGCAUGGGGUAACUUAGGUUCCUCAACCAAUGGAGGUAUAAAUCCAAGCACUUUGAACCCAAAUGCCAACCAUGGUGCCUGGCCUGUUUUGGAAAACAAUGGGCAUAAGCCACAAGGACCUGUGGGAAGUGGGAAUAAUGGCACCAAUAUUCAACGUAGCACCAUAGGUCAAAUGCCCAACAAUCAGAGUAUUAACUCUAACAUGGGUGGUCCCAUCCAUGGAUCCUGGGGAAGCCUUCAAGAGAAUGCUGAAUCUGAAGUCAAUGGUACAAGGAAGGUUUCUUUAAGCGGGCAACCUCAAAACCUUAACACUGAAACGAAUGGACCAAAUAACACUACUAACAUGAUGACCUCUAGUUUACCAAACUCUACUGGUUCAAUGCAGAUGAAUGAACUGCCUAACAUUACAGGGCCCCGAGCCUGGCGUAUGAGCACAGUAAACCCUUCUCAACUUCAGGCCUCAUCAGUUUCUAAUGGCACUUCCAUUUCUCAGUAUAGCAAUGAUGAGGGAAUUAAAGGCGGGUCUUAUGAUACGACAUGGGGUGCGCCAGGCACAAACUACUCUGGAGACAAAUGUCCAGUCCCUAAAGGCCAAUCAGUUGGUGACACUGUGAAUGCAACUCUAAUGCAGUCUACAAUGAACGGAUCAGCAGCAGGCGCUGCUGCUUUUAAGAAUAGUAACGGGGUUGACGGUCGAGGGGGAACGUGGGAAUCGGGUGCAGUCAACUCCCACAAUGUGGCAUGGGGAACGGGGAACAGUGUGGGUUCAGGAGGGGUUCAGAGAGCCUGGGGAAGCGCUUCUUCUAACACUGGCACUAACUUAUCCAAUGGGGAAUGGAACAACCUGCCGAAUAGUCAGCAUUCCAGUGAUGGCAUGAAUGGGAACGGCAAUAGGAAGGGAACAAAUGGAUGGAAGUCCCUUGAGGACGAUGCUCUUUGUGGUCAGAAUUCUGUGAUUUCCCAAGUGAAUGAGCAGAACAGUGUAUGGGGCAAAUCUACAGCUACUAAUGCGGAAAGUGAGGGUAGCACAGAAAGCACUGGAAGUCAAAAUGAGAAAAUGAGAGGGGAUGAACAAAGGGGUCGUGACAGGAGAAAAGCUGACCCACAAGGGUUAAUCCAGAAUACUUCGAACAGACCGGACUUGGACCCCUGUGUCCUUUCCAACACUGGUUGGGGUCAGACUGUGAUCAGACAGCACACUGCCUGGGAUAUAGAAGCUUCAAUGGAAAUUGAGAAAAAGACUGACAUUGGAACAGAGGCCUGGGGAGGCUGCGUUUCCCAGACUUCUAACUCAGGGGGGUGGGGGGAUGGGCCUAGCCCAAACUGCAAUGAUACCUCAUCAGUAUCUGGGUGGGCCAAUCAGAAGCCUGCCACAGGGUGGGGAGACACCAAAGGCUCCAACAGCCAAGGGGGGUGGGAUGAGAAUUCUGCUUCUACAGGAGUGGUCAAGAGCAAUCAAUCGUGGGGAAGUAGCAAAGAAGAUAAGUCUUCUGCAUGGAAUGAUGCACAAAAGGUCAAACAGGGAUGGAUGGAAGGACAGAAAUCAAAGCAAGGCUGGGGAGUUUCAUCUCGAGGUGAGGAGUGGGGGGAAGCUCCAAGAGCUAACCAAUGGGGUGAGCCUCAGAAAUCGGGUUCUGGUGGCUGGGAUAGCGACAGUGAUAGAUCAGUUUCUGGCUGGAGUGAACCAGGUAGAUCUGGUUCUGGUACUAAUACAUGGGGGGGGGGAGGAGGAGGAGGAGGUGGCAGUAACAAUCCAAACCCAAGCAGUGCUUCAGGUUGGGGAGAACAGUCAAAGACUAAUAACCAGCCCCAAGGCUGGGGAGAACCGUCAAAGACUAAUAACCAGUCUCAAGGUUGGGGAGAGCAGUCAAAGACUAACCAGCCCCAAGGUUGGGGAGAGCCGUCAAAGACUAACCAGCCCCAAGGCUGGGGAGAACCGUCAAAGACUAAUAACCCACCCCAAAGCUGGGGAGAACCGUCAAAGACUAAUAACCCGCCCCAAGGUUGGGGAGAGCAGUCAAAGACUAAUAACCAGUCCCAAGGUUGGGGAGGACAGUCAAAGGCUAACCAGCCCCAAGGUUGGGGAGAGCAGUCAAAGGCUAACCAGCCCCAAGGCUGGGGAGAACCGUCAAAUACUAAUAAUCCACCCCAAGGUUGGGGAGAGCAGUCAAAGACAAAUAACCAGUCCCAAGGUUGGGGAGGACAGUCAAAGACUAAUAACCAGUCCCAAGGUUGGGGUGAACCUUCAAAGCCAAGUAAUUCCCCUGAUUGGAACAAACCACAGGAUGUCAGUGGUGGAUCAUUGUCUUGGGGAGGAGCUCUGUCUUCAUCUUCAUCUGCCACCAGUAAACCUGCAGGCUGGAUAAAUGGACCAGUGCCAGCCUCACCAAAGGAGGAAGAGCCGACAGGCUGGGAGGAACCGUCGCCGGAGUCUAUCAGGCGCAAAAUGGAAAUUGACGACGGAACCUCUGCUUGGGGAGAUCCAAACAAAUACAAAUACAAAAAUGUAAACAUGUGGAAUAAAAAUGUUGCGAAUGGUAGCAGUGGAUCUGAGCAGGAAGCACAAGUACAACAGCAGUACCUGCCGCAACCACCGCCAAGUGCCAUGCCGAACAAAGAAAACAGUGGUGGCCCCGGAUGGGGAGAGCCUUAUGGUGUUCAGCCGAAGUCUGAAUCAUCUUGGGGAGAGCCGUCCGUUCCACCUACCACUGUAGACAAUGGAACGUCUGCAUGGGGCAAACCCAUGGACACUGGUAACAGCUGGGGAGAGCCUGGUAAUGAGACCACUGGCUGGAGUAACACUCCAGUCGGGCAACAGCCUCAAAAUAAACCCGGACCCAAACCUAUGCAAGAUGGCUGGUGUGGUGAUGAAAUGUCAAUGCCAGGGACUCGUCAUCCCAGCUGGGAGGAGGAGGAGGACGUGGAGAUUGGAAUGUGGAACAGUAACCCUUCACAGGAGAUGAACCAGCCUUCAAACUGGCCACCUUACAUGAAGAAAAUGCCUCCAAAGGGCAUAAUAAAAGGAGGCAACAAACAGGAUGAUGCAUGGAUGAAUCAGUUUGUGAAGCAGUUUUCUAAUAUUGGAUUCUCUAGGGAUUCUUCUGAAGAAGCCCUAAAGAGCAAUAAGAUGGACAUGUCUGGAGGAAUGUUGCAAGACAAGAGAAUGGACAUGGAUAAGCAUGGCCUAAAUGCCGGAGAAUAUAAUGUUAUAGGAAAGGGCUCUGGCUCCCGCACACAGAUCUCCAAAGAGUCUUCCGUGGAACGCAGCCCUUACUAUGACAAGCUGUCCUUGGCCAUGUCUGGGCACGAUGACAUUGUAGCAGAAGAGCCCCAAAAUGUACAUUUUGUAUCUAAUCACAAUAUGAAGCUUCCCCCUUCAAACAAUGCACUACCUAAUCAAACCCUUGGCUCUGUGGCAGGGCUGGGCAUCCAAAACUUGAAUUCUGUUAGACAGAAUGGCAAUCCCAAUAUGUUCAGUGGCAGUAAUGCAGCAGCACAAGCCAGGGGCAUGCAGCAGCCUCCAGCACAACCUCUUAACUCAUCUCAGCCUAAUCUCCGUGCUCAAGUGCCUCCUCCAUUGCUAUCCCCUCAGGUUCCAGCGUCAUUAUUGAAGUAUCCACCAAACAACGGGGGCCUGAGUCCACUCUUUGGCCCUCAGCAGGUAGCCAUGCUGAACCAACUUUCCCAGCUAUCGCAACUCUCUCAGAUCUCUCAGCUGCAGCGACUCCUGAUGCAGCAACAGAAAGUUCAGAAUCAGAGAAGCAUGCCAUCUGGUGGGCGUCUGCAGCAAGACCAGCAAGGUCGGCCACUCAGCAUGCCCCAGCAGAUGAUGCAGCCUCCACGCCAGCUGGACCCCAACCUGAUGAAACAGCAGGCUCACCCCCAGCAGCAACAACUCCAUCAGCCUGCCAUGAAGUCCUUCCUGGAAAACUUCAUGCCCCACCAUGAGCUGCAAAAAGAGCCGCCAACACUCAAUUCAUUCAGUAGCUUCCCUAUAGGUGGGUUUCCCCAGCCUAACUUAGGGCAGUCUGAUGCUAUUUUGCACCAAGCUGUGAAGCACCCCAUGAUGUCUGGCCAUGAUCUUGCACCAGGCUGUUACCCUCCUGGUACACAUCACAAUCAUAGCCAUCUUAGUCCUCCACUCACUAAUGGCCAUCCAGGGCCAGUCUCGCCCAUCCAUCAACGGGCAGGGAGGAAGUAUGCCAGCCAAGAAAGUACUGUAUCAGCAAGAGGCUUGAAUUCAAACUUGAAUGUAAACAACCUUGAUAUGGGCAGUAUUAAUUAUAAAGAGCCACAGUCCCGACUGAAGAAAUGGACUUUGGAUAACAUUUCUGUGAAUGCAUCAUUAGAUCAAAACUCCAGCAAACCUGGUGCUAUUUCAACCGGGCUUCGGCUUGAAGAGUCUCACUUUGGUCCAUAUGACUUUAUGAACAACUCUCCUGCCAGCCCUCCUGGAUCUGUUGGGGACGGCUGGCCCAGUCGUGCCAAAUCGCCUAACGGCUCUAGCAAUGUCAACUGGCCACCAGAAUUUCGCCCUGGUGAGCCAUGGAAAGGAUAUCCAAACAUUGACCCUGAAACUGACCCUUACGUCACUCCUGGCAGUGUGAUAAAUAAUCUCUCUAUUAAUACUGUUCGGGACAUUGAUCACCUCAGGGACAGGAAUAAUGGGUCAACCUCAUCUCUGAACACCACGCUGCCUUCAACUAGUGCCUGGUCAUCCAUUCGUGCCUCCAACUACAGUGGUUCCCUCAGCAGUACAGCACAAAGCACUUCGGCCAGAAACAGUGAUUCCAAAUCCACUUGGCCACCUGGUCCAAUCACAAACACUUCUCUGGCUCAUGAGCUGUGGAAGGUUCCUUUGCCAUCUAAAAACAUCACUGCUCCGUCCCGCCCACCGCCUGGGCUCACGGGUCAAAAGCCUCCUUCCUCCUGGGAUAACAACUCGCUUCGCCUGGGCGGAGGAUGGGGGAAUUCUGACUUGAGAUACACUCCUGGUUCCAGUUGGAGUGACAACAGCUCAGGGAGAACAACCAAUUGGCUUGUUCUCAAAAAUCUUACACCUCAAAUCGAUGGCUCCACCCUGCGAACAUUGUGCAUGCAGCACGGUCCACUGAUAACAUUCCACCUUAAUCUGCCCCACGGCAAUGCUUUAGUCCGCUACAGUUCGAAGGAGGAGGCAGCCAAGGCACAAAAAUCUCUGCACAUGUGUGUUUUAGGGAACACUACUAUUCUUGCUGAAUUUGCCAGUGAAGAGGAGAUCAGUCGUUUCUUUGCACAAGGCCAGUCUAUGACUCCCUCCCCUGGCUGGCAGGCUCUGGGAUCCAGUCACAACCGAAUGGGCUCUGUUGAUGGUUCCCACUCAUUCUCUAACCGCAAUGAUCUGAAUCACUGGAAUGGUGCUGGGCUGUCGGGAACUGGCAGUGGAGACCUCCAUGGCACUUCGCUCUGGGGAACCCCAAAAUAUUCCACUAGCCUAUGGGGGACCCCAGGCAGCAAUGACACCCGGGGAAUCAACAGCCCGUCACCCAUCAAUGCUUUCCUCCCUGUUGACCACCUAGCUGGAGGUGGAGAGUCCAUGUAAAACCUUUCACCUUUUGUCAGAAGUGUGACCUCAAGAUGUUGGGGGGUGGGGGGGGGGCACUAGUUUGGACUUUUAACCUACAAAAUAGGGUCACCUGUGGAAACAAGUUACUUUUCUGCACAUUUUUCCACUUUGUUUUAGCCCAAAACAUAUCAGUUUGAAUACUUGAACCAUGCAGGCCAAUAUUAUAAUGUGAAACAAAGUAUAUAUUUACACUUCCAGAUAGUGCUAUUCAUAUGAAAAAACUGCUUAAAAUGAGCUCAUUUAUGUAUAUUCAUCAUGUUUUAUUUGAAUUCCUUUUUUUUUUUUUUUGCAUUUGUUUGCUGAUAAUGUUGGAGUAUGAGCUUUUUUAACUUUGCACUGAAUACUGUUUUUCUCUGUAUAAUCCGCAAUGUCAGAGAAGGCAGCAGUUCAAGUGUAAAUGUUUACUCAAGGAUGUUCUUAAGUGUGUGCUCUACUAUGCCUUGAUGUAUGCCUACAUUAUUGUGGUAUUGUGGAGUUUAAGAUCAAGUUAUAAAUGCUGAUUUUAGGAUUAUUUGAUUUAAAAAAAAAAAAAAAAAAAAAAAAAAAAAAAAUAGUAUUGCACCAAUUUUUGUGUUUUAAAACUAAAGAAUUUAGCUCUGCAGUGUAAAAAACUGUGGCCACAGCUGUGACUUGCAACCUAACCUGCAAGCCAGGAGGGUACAGCACUUUCAAUAGGCUUUCAAUUUUGUUUUGGAGGUGCCCAGGUUGUGCCCUCUUGUUUACAGACUUUUUUGAGAAAAUGUUUACUCUUCCAUCAUUUAAAAAAAAAAAAAAAAGAAAAAAAAAUUUGAGGAUGAAGACGAUGCGUUCUAUCUCUGGGAAUACUGAACAGUGUUUGGCCAUGUUCUUUGGUUUUCUAUUCCUCGUCUCCUAAAUAAAGAGCAUGGUUCUCAGGAAAAAAAAAACCCAGUUCCCCCAGUAGAAACUCCUUGUAGUUUCUUGUAGGAAAACCCAACUUUUCGCACUGAAACUACUUAUCGCUCUGUAAGUUUCUCUGCCAAAUAACUGCUUAAAGCUGGAGUUGUUCUACAUAUUGCUUUCAAGAUGCUGUCUUUUUAUUAGUGAGUGAAGGUGGUUUGCUGAGUCGCUAUAGUUGUACUAUUGUUUUCCUUGAUUCUCUAUUAGAGUGGCUUAAUGUUUUUGCUGUCUUUGUGACUGUGUCGAAGUUUGUUGUACUUUAAAAGAAAAGAAAAAAAGCCGAAAUCAGCAACUAUGCAUACUGUAACCAGGUGUUUGGCUUACAGAAUCAUUUGUUUAUUGUAAAAUGUUUAAAAGUAAUUGCAAAUAAGUUCUUUGGAAAAGCAACGAGUUAAAUUACUACUUUAUUUUCUUGCCACAAAUGGUGUUCUAAAAUAAAUGCUUGUUUCGUCACUUGAAGACAAACAAGGAUUUUAACAGUACAAAAGUCGCCAUCAUUUCAUUGCCUUGAUCCUAAUUGUCUAUGUCCUAAGAUGCAACACAAGUUAAGUGGCUUUUAACUGUUUACAAAUAGAAUGUGAUUGUAAUAUGUACAGUUUGGUUGUGUUGAAUUCUGAAGUUUUCUUCAAAUAUUAAUAAAUCAUGACGUUUUGGCUGCUCAGCAUGUAUUGUUUUGUUGUUUAUGUUUUUUAAAGACACAGGUUGACAUUAAAAUGCCAGUCCUCUGUAAAUGUAAAGGCUUUGGGUGGCUAGAACAGUGGUGAAUGUAAUAUUUUAUUGGUAGUUAAAUACGUGCAUAAAAUGUACACAUAUACAAUAUUUACAGGGAUUGUGAUUGUUUAGUUACUACAAUAAUGCACAACUGAUAAUACAAUGUUCAAAGAUGUCUGCAAUUGGCUAAGCCAUGGACCUUGUUUGUUUUUAGCACUAGUGUUAUCCUUUAUUUUACAUAUAAUAUAAAAAACUUGCAGCUAUUUAAGUUUUUUUGUUUAUAUUUUUAUUAUUUUAGUAUAACACAUACUUGGUACUAACGGCUUCUUUAGUAUUACCAAAACUUAAUGAUGUGCCAGUAUUGUACCAUUAUUAAGGAAGUAAACUACCAAAAAAACUGCUUCGUCAAAUCCAAAAUCUCAGUUGCUCAUAUUGUUGUAACAAACUUUAAAUGGAAUACAUGUUGAUUUUAAGGCCUUGGAUUUGCACUUGGUGUGUGUAUAUAUAGUACUGAUUUUGAAGUUGUACUUGGUAUGUAUACUUCUUAAAUAUUGUGUUGCUUGUUUUUGGAAGAUUUACUGCAAUUGUCAAGAGGCUUCUUAAGUAGUCCACUGUGUUGAUUUGAUAUAUUUAAGCAGUCCAGGUUCUCUCCAGGUUAACCAGCUCCAUUCCUUUACAGAAAGAGCGGGGUCUUCGUGUCUUAAACUGAAACGCAAAAAUUAUUUAAGUAUUUAGCUUUAUGAAAAAUAUUCAUUUCCUCACUGCGAAGCAAUUUUAAAAAACAUUAAUUGGCUGAGCUGUAAAACUGUUUUUCUAGUGGUUUGUUUGGGUCGUCAGCCUUUUUGGGGCAAUUUUGUGCUUCAGAUGGGCAUCACAGCUCAUUGACAGCUUCUCUGAACACACUUCUCCCUUGUAUGUGCUAUCAUAGACACUUCUGUGACCCUAGUCACACUGGAGGAAAAAAAAAUGGUAUUGUGUACACAAGCAUUUGUUGGCUCUGAAAGGGAAGAUGCAAGAGAAAUACAAUGCACAGUGUCCAAGGGGAGGGAGCUAAAAAGUGGGUGAAAUUGUUUAUAUUUGGCCUGCCACAUUUUACAUGAACCAGCUGCUGUUAAUUAAAAAUAAAAUACAAAAUAAAUAAAAAAAUAGCAAUGUAAAAACCCAAUCAGUUUUUUUGUACAGAUGUUAUAACUGGUGAGGUGAUAGAUUGGUACUAGCCAGGCAAGCUAACUUUUUUAUAACUAUGGUUACCCAUCUCUUAUUUUUGUAUCCAUCCACAAUUGACUUUAAUAUUGCUUAACAAUGUGCUAAGGCAAAUAACUUUCAUACUGUAAUCACCACAUACUUUUGUCAUUGUAUAAUCCUAACUUGUUGAAAGCAGUAAAAAAAAAAAAAAAAAAAAAGCUUGAAAUCUGAAAUACUAUGCAGUGUGAAGUUAAUAUCCUCAAUGUAGUUUUUGCUGUAAACAAGCCUAGCUAUUUUACGAUUUAGGUUUGUACAUAUUUUCAACUAAAGUGUGCCAUGGUUAACUUUCAAAUCAAAGAUUUGGUCAGCUAUAUCUGCAAAAAAAUAAAUAAAACAAAUGUAAAGCAUUUAUAGGUGAAAUCUUCUAUAUCUUCACAGCACGACAAGUGACUGUGAAUAAAAAAAACGUGAAACACUGCGAAUCUUAUUUUAAAACGUUUGAGGUGCUGCAUGCACAUUGCUUUGAUAGACAAAACAAUGUAUAGAAAACAAUAGUGUUGAAAUUUACCAAUGUUCUUGAGUUAACCGAAAGCAUAUUAGUUUUCUGGCGAGCAUUUAAGAAUUAUCAUGGGGAACUGCACUUUUUGAAGGACAAUCUUUAUUUUUAUUGGUAUGAAUUUAGACUAAAGAAUAAGUCUAACUCAAGGUAGAAACUGUCAGUUGUUUGUCUGAUAAGUGUUUUCCACUGAUGCUGUCAAUUUAAGACAUGUUUUUGUUUCUCUGUUGCUUGCAUGUAAAUUUGUGUUAAGUGAAAAUGUAAAAUGAUGUAGAUUAGAUGUUAGGUCUCUGUACUUGUAGAUGUUGAUUACUGUUUGUAAAAAGACACUGAUCUCCAUAUCAAAAUACAAAGCUGUAUAAAUUUGGGUUCAACCCACAAUAAAACCCUAACCAUGAA